AUGAUUGUACUACUGGUGAACAGUUGGUUGAUUACAAGUGGAUCUCCUGUUGCGAUGCUGCAACAUGCUACCUCAUCGCAGAGUAUAGUGUUUCACCCCUCGUCGGCUGCAUCCACUUCCUCUCCUGUUGUUUCAGCUUCUUCAGGCGAUCAGUAUAGUGGAAAUCAGCCAAAGUAUGAAUAUAAGUACGAAGUGUCGGAUCACCAGACAGGUGACAGGAAGAGUCACUGGGAGAGCAGGGAGGGGGACCGGGUGCAUGGAGGUUACACCCUAUAUGAGCCUGACGGCGCUUUGCGUACUGUCGAGUACUCUGCGGAUGCUUUGCAUGGGUUCAGCGCAGUAGUAAGAAGAGACGAGCCCAAUAAGCAUCAGCACUCUAGACCUGAUAAUUCAUACAAUACUUUAUCAUCGCAUUCUCACGAUAGUUACCAUCAACCGUCUGCCCAACAACGCUACAUCCCUGAAAAUGGUUUCUCUAAUGCAGGACACGCAGACAGUCCCACGUAUUCCGGGUCUGGCGGAUCAUUCAAUUCAGCAGUGGGGUUUAGCGUUAAACACAUAAUGGAAUUGAAAAAAGAACAAUCUAAGAUAUUUUAAAGGAAGUUAUUUCAAUGCAACAGGACAGCUUUAUAUCACAUAGAGUAUAUUAUUUAUUAAACAAGACACGGUAAUUUCUUGAGCUGCCAUUCUAUUAUAAUAACAGCCUGGAAGUCGUUGUCACAUCACAUCGAACGCAGUGUUGUCACAUCAUAGAGGUUCAAUAUAAUAAAAUCUACUUGGAAAGGUAAUAAAAGUUUUAUUUCGUUGAAACUCUAUGUCGUGACAAUCACUGAGUUCAAUCUUUUGAUCUUAUAAUAACAAGUUAGCAUAGUACUAAGUAUAUUUUGAUAUUAUUAUUGUAGAUUAUAAUUGAUUGUAAUACGGCAAUUAAUUAAUAUAAUUACAAUGUACCAUCAGGAAUAUUAUCGAAGUAUGUAAUCAUAUUUACUUAAUCAAUAAUUAGGUUAAACCUAUAAUAAGCUUUGUUCUGUAGUUCGUGUUUCAUUAGAAAAAUAACAACCAUGUAAAGUUAUUUCAAUCGUCAACUUAUUUAAGAUUACCUUGGUUUUUCAUGUAUUAAUUGAGUAGAGACAGUUCCAAAUUUUAUUAUAUUUUUUUUAAUAUUACCAUAAUUUUUGACACGUCAUGACAGAUUACAUAUAAUUGGAAAAGUUUGAGUUUCAACACUUAUAUUGUUUGUAAUUUGCAAAUUAUGUUAGUGGAGAGUGGAGAAUAAAUAGAGAACAUGGCAUUAUUGAAUGAUAUUGAAGUACCUAAAAAUAUACUAUUUUGAAAUAGCAUGGAAUUUGUACUUUAGCAUAUCUACCUCUUUGUUGCUUAGAACAAAGAUUAUUUUUAUUGAGUUUUAUAAUAGGUAUAGUGUAAAAAUGUUUCACCUUCCGUAGAGCACCGAAAAAUCAAGAAAACAUUGUUCAUUCAUUAUCAAAGAUAAUGAACAGACAUAGAAAGUAGAUAUUGACAUUAAAAGGAAUAAUUUAUCAAGGAUAUUAAUAAAAUUCCAAUGUUCUUUUCUUAUAGUUCAGUAUAUUUUCAUUUUCCAGCGCUGGCAUUUUGUAUGUUAUAAAUUGAAGUAUACAGAAAUUCGAUAUAAAUAUUGUCGUGAGAUUUAAGGGGAGGUUCGUAGUAAGAGAUCCGAGUUUAAUGAUGUCCGGGGUUACCAUGAACAUGAUGAUGGGGAUGAUGAUGAUGUGUGGUGUGGUGCACCGUGGCGACAAAUCUGUAAUUAAAAAAUCAAUAUUCUAUAGAAUUGUGCAAUUUAUAUUAUCUUUAUUGCUGGUGUGUUGUAAUGUAAUUUUUUGUAAUGAAAAAAACGUGCUCGAAAAGAUUUCAAUGAUUUACAUCUAGUUGCACAAACAUCCUUUAUAAUUGUCAUUAGUUUAUAGUAACAUUACUAAUUACAAAUAUUCAAAUAUCGAACAUUCUUUAAAGCAUUAAACUUUUAUGGAGGUUUGUGCAAAGGAAUUAAUUACAUUAAGUUAAGGAAGAACUAAGUUCAAAUGACAAAUAGAACAUAAUAAGAUAUAUAAGUUAGUUAUUAGAUAUUAUAAUAAAAGUAAACUGGCAGCAUAAAUGAAAGUCACGUAAAGAAAGUCUUAUCUCCAUUAAUUAAAGUUUAAGAUCAGUCCAUGACUAAUAGACAAAAUCUUAAACCCCACAGGCUAGUAACAUAAUGCCGGUAUUUUACAAGUGUUACAGGUAUUUCACG